CUUACUAAUUAUUGCUAACGAGACGCUGUAGUAGCGUUUAUCAUAAAAAUAUGGCUCUCUCGCUGACCAUAAUUGCCUCACGGUGCAAUCGUAGACACAAAUACCAAGCACUUUUUCUCCCAGUUGUACGAGAGACGAGGGAAGAGAGCGGGGAGAGGUCUCACUUUUUCCCUUCAAGGCCGGGAGGUCUGAGAUCCUCGCGAGAUAUAUUUUUCGAGUCGCCCGCGAUGCGUCCCACGCGAAAAUCGUUGAAAAUCAGGUCUGAGCCAGCUCGGAAAGCGCUCCACGAGAGCAGACGGGGAGCGUCUGCGCCGCGUCGGCGACGCUCUCCGAAAUGAGGAAUUUCCAACAGUGCCCCGGCACGGCUGCACCCUCGGAGCGCGAAGGGUGAGAAGUCUCUCGGAGAAUCCGAGAGUCAGCUGACCGGGAACGCGAGCAGAGUCGCGCACAGCUCCGCUUCGCGUUUUACCUGAGAAAGGACACGUUUCGCUCACGUUUACAUUACAUACGGCCCAUCGGUGGUCCUACCUGUUUCCAUCUGGGCACGAUGGGCCGCAUACUCACGCACGCACGCAUGCACGCGUACACACAGACACGCCUGAUCCCCAUAGGAUAGAAGCUUCGUCUCCGUUUCUCCUCCGCUUUAUACCUGCUUUUCUUACUUUCUCCCUUCUGCUUCGAGCCUGCCGACUUGGCCCAGGGCUGGACUCGGCGAUUAACAUCCGACUUCUCGGCUCGGCAGGACGCGCCCGCGCCCGUGCGACGAGAGAGAACCUGACCUCGAAGUGCCAAGUCACCCCCCCCCCCCGAUCAUCCCCCGGCUGAGUCGCCGACUGUCUGCCGACCGCUGAAGCCCUCACCCUCGAACUCGACUUUGCAUGAGCGCAGAUAACGACUGCUCUUUUUUUCUACAUGCUACAACUUUGCGAUAAGAUAUCACCUGAUCCCCCCACUUGCCGUGUAUCGAGGUCGCGUGCCUUCGCAGUCGUGAGCCACCACGGGCGGCAGGGAGGAAAGGGGAGGAGACUCGCGACUAGAAGAAGAGAGAGACACCUCCUCCGCGGCCGCGGCGGCGAGCGCGCCGAUUUCUUCCUUUCGUCAGUGCGUACGUUUCAAUUAACGGCGACAGCCGUGCAGAAACGGCCCUCGGCGGGGACCGAGGAAACGGUGCUCCCUCGGCGCAAAAACCGGCUUUAAAAUCCGAGUCUGGCUGGCAACACUCUCUCCCUUCCAUCGUUCGGCGGCGGCGGCGACUCGACGAGUCGCCGGAGUGUUCGCCGACCGGCCGCCAGUCAGACUUGGUCCGUGACGGUUCUAAGCACGCACACCGGCCCGUGUUCCUCGUGAGCUCGUGCAGCCGUCGUGCUCGCUCGUGCGCGCGCGCGCGCGCGCGCUUCUGACCGCGCGACGACGUCGUCGUCGUCGUCGUCGCGAUGCGCGGCUCGACCCGACGCGCGCUGGAAUUGACGAAACGCGCUCGCGAGUGCGGCUCGCGAACGCCUCGGUGAACUAGUUGAGAUCCACCGGGCCCCGAGGGACCACCGAGGGGCCCGUGAAAGAGAGAGGGGGAGAGAGAGAGAGAGAGAGAGAGAGAGAGAGAGGGAGAGAAAGAGAGGGAGAGAAAGAGAAGCAGGUAGAGAGGAGCCCGGAGCGCGCGGAAUGUCGUGCAGAGCGUUCGGCCAGGUGAAAUUCGGCCGCACCGUUGCGGUCGCCGGAUGCCUGCAGGGAAUCGCCCGAGGAUUACCGUAGGAUAUCGAUAGGAGCGAUCGAGGAGGAGGAGGAGACGUGGGAGGAUCCCGCAAGAUGGAAACCGAAGUCCGAACGCUCAAGAAGGAACUGGCGCGCACUCAGGAAGCCCUGAAGGCCGCCACGAAGAGAUGCAGGGACCUGGUGAGGGAGUUAGACCAUCGUACUGCCGGUCACGAGUCCGAGAGAACUCUGCGGGACCAGCAACUCUCGAGGAUAUUGCGGGCUCUGUUGGUCCUAGAGGCGCGUCUCAAACAGGAGCAGAAGUCGAUCAGACAGCUGCUCUGCGAGAAGGACAACGUCAUUCGGAACCAACAGCUGGAGAUCGCGAUGCUGAGGCGUUACACGAAGAACUACAUCAAGUGUAAACGCGAUCCGACGCUGGUCGACGUCGAGGUUAACGCCAACGUCGACAAGAACCUGCAAAACUUCGGCAGUCUGCAGAAGGAGACGCUGCAGGAGAGCGGCCUCGGCAAGGACAUCGCGAGUCUCAAGUGCGAGAUAAUCACGCGGCUGAACCCAGCGGCGGCCGGCAUCGUCCUCGAGGAGUUGGAUCGCAGCGGCGUGAGGAAGACCCACAGCUUCGCCGGCAGCGAUAUCUCCAAGACCAGUAUGACCAGCAGCGAGAACACCGACGCGUCGAUCAUCACCACGACGACCGAGGGCAGCCCGUCGUUGCUCAGCACGGAGGGUUUCUGCGAGGGUGAGAGCACGGACGUGUCGCCGGGAUCGACGUUGAACAAAUGCUCGAGCAGGUGCACGCCGAUGACGGUGACCGACAGCGAGAACGAGACCACGAUGAUCGUGGACGAGGACGAGGAGGAGGAGGCGGAGGAAGGCACCGUCACGAUUACGACGACGACGACGACGACCACGAAGAGGAAAUCGUCCCUGCGCAGAGUGAAGGGGCAAAAAGUGCCAAAGGGCUCAGAAGUAAUCGAAGUGGUCGGCAUCACGAGGACAGAAAGCAAGGACGACGGGAUGGACUGCAACUUCGUCUCGGAGGACGAGGAGCAGGACACGAGCACCAAUCUGCAGGAGAAGAGCGAGCCGAUCUACGUGAAUGCCUGCAACGAGACGAACGAGAGGCACUUGCAGCAGAAGACGGAGCUGUCGAGGACGGAGGACGAUUAUAGCAACAAUAAUAACAUCGAGACGAAGAUCGAGCCGCCUGAGGUGACCGUGGAGGACACCAGCAUCAACUGGUACAGCGAUCCUGACGAAGACAGACUGAACGAUGACAUGUUUCGGCACAACGUCUACAGGCCCAACAGCAAUCACAACUCCGUCCUGGAGUGUGUCAAUCAAAUCCUGCUGCGCGACAUGGAGGAGGAGGAGAACAUGCUGUCGGCGCCACGCAGGUUCAAGCACCGCGGUAGGAUUGUGCGUUUCCAGCCGGCUAGAUUGUCCGACAUCGAGUCCGUGGGUUCCGAGAUGGAGAGGAGAAACUCCGAGGAGUCUACCAUGGACAACAAGGAGCCGCCACGGGAGGACGAGGUCCAAGAGAACGAGGGCAGCGCGUCCGAGGACGAAUUUGGCAUGAGAAUCGUUCAGAAAGAACCGGACGACGACUCCAAAGACUCCAAGGCGAUCCCGUUGGUCAUCAUCGAACCCAAAGUCGACGUCGAAGAGGCGAGGCAGUUCUUAUCGAAGCCCCAAGCGAGCAAUCCACCCUUGAAGAUGGAAAGGAUUGAGGAGAAAGCCUGCCUGCAGAUGUCCACCAGGGGUUUGACCAUCGCCAGGCCACGUUCGACGAAUCUCGAUUACGAGGACAUCGAAUCACUGCCGGAGGUAACGACGACACAGACCUCGCCGACGCCACCGAGGACGCCGCCGGCGUUGCCGCCGAAACCGCAGUUCCGCAACAACACGUUGACCCUGAAGAAGAUCCCGAGUCCGUCGUUCUUGAUCGAUGAGAAGAGGUCUCAGCAAGACCCCGGAAGCGUGGACUCUGCGAGAAGAGGUAUUCUGGAACUGCUGUCGUCGUCGACGUCCAAAGCUGCGAGGAGCCUGAACCUGGACGAGGCGAAGAGCUCGGCGAGGAGCUCAACCAGGAGCUCUACGAGAGAAGCGAGCGGUCGCGAGGAGGCUGGAUUCUGGAAAAGCAGGUUCAACCACGUGCGAUCGUCCUUCCAAGCCAGGCAAAAGGAGCCGGAGCCGACGAAGGGCGCGGCGCGAGUGACGAGUAUCGUCAGGCACUUUGAGGAAUUCAAGAUCGGCGACCCUGAGGAGCAAGCGACGAGGGACAGAACUCGCGCGAGAGAACGACACGCCGAACUCGAGCACGACUUCGACAUCCGGCAGAACUUCGAGGAGUUCAAUCUGGACGAGUGCGACCUGUCGGACGACCCCGAUCGGCCCGAAGGUGACGGCUCCGAGAGGCUGAGCCACUCCUCUCUGAAUAACCCCGGGCAGAGCGAGAGCAACAUCGCCAAAGACAACAACAAUAUGCCUGCCGGCAACAACAACGGCAGCAGCAACAGCGACUCUGGAAGCAGCGGUUACGAUCACUUCCUGGAGGCGACCGGCCUCAGCAACAAGUCGAUCCUCACGCCGUCCAGGCUGCUGAGCAACCACAAGAGCAUGCUGAAGCCGAAGGACGUGAAGUAUAAGAGCAGGAUCAAGGCCACGGCGGUGCUGGAGAGGCACGGGGUUCAGUCGACGACCGGUAAUACCACCACGCACGUCAGGCACUGGACAGGACCGUUUGUCUGACGACUGGCCAGUGUCCUGCCGGGCAACAUUUUCCGACCCGCCGUCUCGGCCGACAACUCGCCGAUAAAGACGUUCAGAAGGCCCUCCUCGCCCUGAACGCCCUUCGAGCAUCACUCAACGAGUAUCUUCUCCUUGUGUGUGUACUUAUUGUAAUACGCGCGAGUCACUCUCGUCCUUAAAGUGCAAAUGGAAUUUUACAGUAUUGCGCGAGAAGGAACAGGACGUCGCGUCACGAUGAGAGCACGAGCGAGGGGAGUCCGCGACAUCCGCUCAUGAAAGCUCCCUCACGAGCGUCCUGUGCCUUAGCAAGUUGCGCCAUGUAAAACGCGUAACAUGGUGAGAGAAUUCUAUAUAUAACGUCUAAGAAAAAAAAAAAAAGAUACAUGAGUCCUUAAAUCUUUUAGAUGAAAAGAGAAGGCGAUCGCCGCGUCGGUUCCGGCGAUCGGUUAAUUUAUUUCAUUUAUAUCAUACUUCGCUCGUCGAGAAGACGUUCGUACACAACGCGCAACGUUGACUCGGUUGUUCUUGCUGUGAGAGAAAUUAUUUAUAGACCCUCGUACGGUGUCUGUCAACUAAAAAUAUAACUCUCGUCUGAAAGUUUGACACUCAGAUUGUUCAUUUGUGAAGCACUGUAUAUAUCGCUGUCGCGCGCACUGUUCGUCGAAUGAAUACACAAUACGGGAUAUAAUUAGUGACUUGUCACGCACGUGAUCUUUUAUUAAAUUAUUGUUUUACAUACAGGUCUCUAUGAUAAAUUACAAUUGUGUGCGAUCAAUCGAGAAAACUUACGCCAUGUGAUACUUACGCAAGGUAUAAUAUAUAUAUAUAUA